UCAUGAAUGGUGACGUCACUUUAAAUCCGUGUCAGCGGAUGUUGACUCUCCUCGAGCGUGUUAAAGCAGCUAACGUCAAAAACAACUUCAUUUACAACACGGACUGGUGGUGUGCUUCCCUAAAUCAGAGGGAGAGCUGAGCUGUAGAGUUGUGAUUGGUGCCAGCAGGUCGGACCGCCUGCAAGCCUAGACUUCUGGCCAGUAUGUCUGAUGAUCCUCCCCCUCCGUACCCCGGAGGUCCCAGUGCCCCCCUCAUUGAGGAAAAGAAUGGACAACCUGCAACACUGAGAACUGCUCCUCCACAGGGACAUCCCAUUCCUCCAGAUUAUGGUCCUCCACCCUAUGAGGGUCCACAACCAGGCUUCCUACCUCCACAUGUUCCUGGAGAAGGCCCCAUGCCCAUGCCCAUGCCCAUGCAUGGACCAGCACAAGGUGGCCACUACCCACCACCACCCGGUCUCUUUGCUCAACCAAUGCCAGGACAGAUGGGUCCUGGUUCCAGUCACUUUGUCCACAUGGGAGGUCACACAGCGACCGUCUUGGCUCCUCCAGGCGCAGCCACCACUGUGACAGUACUGCAGGGCGAAAUGUUUCAGACAUCACCGGUGCAGACUGUGUGUCCGCAUUGCCAGCAGGCCAUCGUCACACGCAUCUCUCAUGACAUCGGCCUCAUGAACACACUCUUCUGCCUCUUCUGUUUCUUUGUAGGGUGUGAUCUCGGCUGCUGCUUGAUUCCAUGUCUGAUCGAUGACCUCAAGGAUGUGACACACACCUGCCCUCACUGUAAGGGCUACAUUUACACAUACAAGCGUAUCUGCUAACCACCAACAGCCGUUUGCCACAGAGCCAUGUACACACACACACACACUCACAGCUUUCCCUGCUGGUAGUAACAGCAGCUCCUCCCUCCCUGCCUUCCAUUUUUGCAGUGUUGUGUGGCCCUCUUAUGAUGCAAGUGCAGUUUUUAUCCCCCCUAAGCUCCCAGUAAAAUACCUGUGUAUAUAUACUUCUAUAUACUUCUCUGAUGUACAAAAUUGAAAAUGUCCAAAUGUUUGAGCUAAAGGGCACUACAAGAACUAGACACUGAUGGGCUGCAGAUACACACACACACACACACACACCCUGCAGCCCUUCUUGUGAAGUUAUGCAUGUAAAUGAAAAAAUAAGUAAACAAAAACUGUGAAAAUUGUCACUUUAUUUGAAUUCAUCUAUGAAUCUUGGUCAGUGUAUGAAGAAUGUUGGGUUAAGAUGUUUGUUUCUUUUGAGACUUUCAUCUUAGAUGUUUUAUCCUUUAACAAGUUUGUUGAGAAAUGUUAACAUUUUGUCUCUCACUGUUUUUUUGUUCUUACCUACCUAGUUGUUUCUUGUUUAUCAUUAUCGUUGGUGUAAUGUGAAAACCGUCCAUUUAAACAAAUACAUUUAUGUUUUAUGCUUUAGUUACUUGUAUUCAUUACUCCAAUCAACAUGUUCUGAUUCACUGUUUAGCUGUUACCUUUGUCCCCGUCUGUAGUUUUGAGAAUAAAGUUAAUAUUUGCACUUUAUAAGUUUAAACACACAUUUUGUUUUCAUUAAAACACGAUUUUACCCUGAAUAAAAGCAAAGUUUUAUCCAGGUGUUACUAGUUUCUGUAGUCGACCGAGUUAUGAGCCAUAUUCAGACUUUUGGGCCAUUCCCAUCUGUGCCGGGUCGGGUAGCCCCGGUCGGCCCCAGCCUGGCCCGGUUGAUUCCACACAUCCUUGCCUUAAGCCCAUGUGGGCUGAUUCUACCCACCAAUCAGAGGCUUGCUCUAAUGGAAGGUGUGAAUUUGCUGUCAGCAGUGGGUGUGUUGGCCCUGGUCGGCCUGAAGCAGACCCCCUCGAGAAGAGGGCUGAGAAUGAGCCUUGGUUGGCCCGGAAAAAUACCAGGCCACCCAGAUAUGUAAACAACCUACGCUACCCGGCCCGGGCCGACCCGGUACAGAUGGGAAUGGUCCACAAGUGUACUGAAGGCGAUAGACAAGCUAAUCACUUAAAAACGAAAGCAUGACAUCUUGGUGUGUGUUUUUCUGUCAGGCUCAUGCAGCACCAUUUCAGAUUUAGCUGAUCUUAAGAGGUUUUAAAAACUGAGUACUAAGCCAUUAAGGAUUCACCUAAAUGAAGGUUCUUCGCUUAGAUGAAAUGAAAUACAUUUGAUUAGUGAGAUUUUAAUGAGCUUCAUGAAGUUGUUGAAUUAGACCUUUUGCAAAAGUGAUUCUGAACACUAACAGUGAAUCAUCUCAGCAUGUGGGAUACAUCAGCCACUAAUGCUUCUCGCAGUUUGCCUGGGCUAUACCUUUAGUAAUAAUCAUUGAUGUGCUCCGACUCUGUGCAUAUUUUUUUCCUCAAGACUGAAAAAUCUGUGCAAAAUAUAAAACAAAAAAAAAAACACAUUUUGAGAAGGAUUGUAAUGGAACUUUAGUCAUGUUGUGAAAACUGCUGGUCUGCAUCGCUCCAGAUGUCUGAUGUACAACUAUGUACGCAAUUUAUGUGACUGUACACAGGCGCUAUUUUACCAAUAAAAAUCAUGAAGUAAA